UUUAUUAUUCAUUAGAGAAUCAAAAAGAAAAUAACAAGGUUCCGCCCAAAAAUGCUCACAGUAAAUAAUAAAAAUAUUCUUGGUAUUUCACAGAAAAUUCGCAAGGAAAGGGAAAGAGGAUGUACAAUUUUAUAAAAGAGAAGAACCCAUAGAUGAGAGAGUCGCUGCACUGUUUACAAUAACAGUGAUUGGACGAAAACUGUGGAAAUUUCGCCAAGCAAACCAUAUCUGUUUGUCUUUCGUCUUCUGAAACAUGCCAGGAAAACACAGAAUACUGUCCCUUCAUCACGCCAGUUACCGCAGUUGCCAUCAGUGUUUGACACAUUACAGCAUUUCCCUAGAGAGAGAAUGUAAACAGUCAGUUAUCUGAUCGAUCCUUUAAUUAAUUAGCUUAACAUCAUGCUUUCCCAUAUGUGCACGACCUUCCCAGUGAGCGUGAUCCAAGGCAGCCAUGGGAUGUCACCUUUAGCGGAACAUGUGACUCAAUUGGACUAAAGACUUCUGCCACAUACACAUUCUUUUUUACAUGCAAUAAUCGUUCAAUUUAAUUAACAAAGGUAAAAAUAUGUUUUUGGAAGUUCAGAUAAUCCAUUUAAAAUCCUCCUAGCUCAAGUAUCUGAGGGGGCACAUGCCCCCUUACUUUGAAUGGGCAUGACGCCUCUGGCCAUAACCAUCGCAUUUUUAAUAUGUGUGUUAAGUUGAAGUUCAGUUUUGAAGAUGCUGCACUGUCUAGCUGUUUGAAACACUCGCCUGCUGUAUAUGCGCUGCUUCAGCGCGUUGAGACCACUGCCACAUGUGCCUGGUGUGUGUGUCCCCAAAUGUUUUUCCUCUUGUGAGGAAAGCCACGAUGUUCUGUAUUGUUGUUGCUGUGAUUCAUGAAGCGUUCCAUUAAACUUGGAGAGUCUGAAUUUCCACCUUUCAACUGGGGAAAGUGCAACGGAAUGACACUUUAUAUCGGUCAUCUAACUUGGAAACUCAUGUGGAAAUCUUCAUUCAUUUCAUCGAUAUGCAGUGUUUCAGGACGUUUUGCUGUAAAGGACCUCCACCUCCCAGACCAGAGUAUGACGUGGUUUGCAUCGGUCUGACAGGCUCUGGGAAGACCAGUCUGCUCUCCAGACUUUGCAGUGAGGCAACCGACAGCAUCGUCCCUACCACAGGUUUUAGCAUUAAAGCUGUGCCGUUCCAGAAUGCCAUUUUAAAUGUCAAGGAACUCGGAGGAGCGGACUCAAUUAAAAAGUACUGGAGCCGGUACUACCAGGGCUCUCAGGGGGUGGUGUUUGUUUUGGAUAGUGCUUCAUCGGAGGAGGAUCUGGAGGUGGCGCGUACAGAACUCCACUCGGCCCUGCAGCAUCCUCAGCUCUGCAGGCUUCCCUUCCUCAUACUGGCCAACCACCAGGACAAACCUGCUGCCCGCUCUGCACAAGAGAUAAAGAAAUACUUUGAGCUGGAGCCGCUGGCACGAGGCAAAUGCUGGAUUCUUGAGGGCAGCGCUGUGGACAACAUGGACGCAGUCAAGGAGAGCUUCGCUCAGCUCAUUAAUCUGCUCGAGGAGAAGGACCAGGAGACGGGCAGGAUAUGACCCAGGGAAGCCAUUCCACCACCCAUCAGACACUAGCAAUCGCCAACUCACCACUGGCCAGCACAGCCCAGUUCACCAUGGCCACUGUGCCAACUACACUGUUACUCUUAACUCUGUUACUGUGAUGUAACAAAUGAGCCAUGGAAAAAUGGACUUUGUCACUUACAUGUAAGGAUACAUAUCUGCAGAGAAAUAAGAACUUCAGAACCUCUGAAAUUUGAUACCUUCUCCAGACCACAUGUAUUAACAGAGAACAAACAUUUAACACACAAUUACCUUUGUCAAUUAAUAUGGUUCUAUCUGUCCUCUUUAAUACAGACCUAGUUGCACAUUGCUACUAAAUGGAUAAUGUAAUCACGUACUUGGUCAUGUAGGGCAACUGGAAGUCAUGUUUUUGUAGUGCGUAGAUUAUUUUUCUUAGCACAGUGCGGCGUGAAUGAUCGUGCAAAUGCAUGUUUGCAAGCGAGAGAUGCCAGUUUGUACUUCAAAGUCUUACAGUGAGUGCUAAUGGAUUUUUAAAACAAACGUAUAAAUGUGUUUUCACAAACAGCAGUCCUUAGAUGUAAUUUAAAUAGGCAGUCUUAAUUAUUUGUGGCUGUAAAGUGAAAUGUGAAUUAUGACUGAUUCCAAAAAUCACAAAGAUAUGAAAUUUUUCUUUACCAUUAUAGAGUGAAUUAUAAAGACACAUUCAUGAAGUUAUUCAGGUUUUUAUAGUCUUUAAGAGAUUAGGGAACCUUGUUGAGGGCAAAAGGAUGUUUUCAUAACUUGGUCUAGUAUUAUUUCAAACCAGAACAUAUCAAGGAUUUUGCUCAACUAUAUCUCUAUCUUGGUUGGUGACGGUUGACAGUACCCUACAAAACUGUUGAACCGGUAAACAACUUAAACAAUCUUCACCAAAGACACGAAAACCACAACCAAUUCUCUCUAGGUGGACUGGGACAGAGCCUUCAACUUAAUUGGAUAUUAUAUUUCAUUUGUUUGUUUUUUAUUCUUUUUAAUUUCUUUUGGCCCGAAUGUAAAACACUCUUUGUAUAAGUGCUCCUCCUAUUGUCUAAUGGCCUCACAUUUAGAUGGAGUAAAGCAUUUGGUUUUGUUCUGCCGAUUUCUGUUUUUACACCCAUACUAUCUCCGGAGAUCUAAACAGAGGAGAAAGCUCAUUCUGAGUGUUAGCCAAAUGACUCAUGUGAUGCAGCCAGGCUUCCAAAAGCAAAUAUCCCUUGAAAAAUGACCACCACCUGGAUUUGCAUAGUCAUUGUAGAACUUGCGCAACAACAUCUUUUGUUUUAUUUAUAUCUACAAAAAUGUUAUACCCGCCAAACCAAUUCAGCUGCCUUUUUGUAAUUCUGAUAUUUGUACAUUUGUUACAGAUUUUGUCUUGUUCUUCGGAAAGGACAUGUGCUUGUCUGUACUGGAAGAGAGAAAAAAAAGUCUAGGUGGACUUUUGAGCAGUUUACCAUGGUUGGUGUUAAGUCAUUCACAUGUUUGACGGUGUUUAUGUAUGCAUAUGUAUUUAUACAUAAUUUCCAUUGAGCAACUUGUAAAAUAAAGGCUGAAGAAGGAACAUGUCUUUCAUGAUUAGUGGAAUUUGCUACAAUAACUAAGGUGGUGGAAAAGGCUGGAAAACCUGGAAUUUUUCAAUGCAGUUUUCCAGUCAUGGAAAAGUCAUGGAAAAUUAGA